UAUUUGAUAGUGAUCAUUGUUGAUUAGCGUUCGAACAACCGGCCCUUAGUUAAGUAUAUUUUAUGAAAUUAUUUUUAUAGCUAUAGAUAAAUUUGUACCAUUGAAGAAGUUUUAUUUAUUUAUUUAUUUAUUUAUAUGGGCAAGCCCAAUUCGGCAAUACAUUAAUAAGAUAUUGAUAAUUACAGUGUUGAAUAUAUAAGAAUAAAAUGAGAGAGUACAAAACAUUUAAAAAGACAUGACAAAGUAAAAUAAUUACAAAACAUUAAUUACUAACAAAUAACAAGGUUAUGGCAUUGCUAAAUAUUUAAUUUGGUUAAAUGGUUCUUAAAAACAUCAACAGAGUUACCAAAAAGUAAAAGGUCACCUAGGGAGUUAGCAAGUCUUAUGCCUGGUUGCACCAACAUAUCUUAAGCUCAGCUUAGCCCAGCUCAGCUUAUAUAUAGGGCCGUCUUAAGUCUCACUUACACGUUGCACCAUAUUAACCGAUUCUUAUCAAUUUACGAUGCAAUCCACAUGGUAACCAUAUAACUUGUCAAUUAUUGAGUGAAGUUUUAGAUUUCGUUCGGUGUCAUUUUAAAAUAUUCAAUUAAUUAUAUUUUAAAAAUGGACAAAAAGGCGAAGAGAAUAAAUUAUACUCCUGACGAAAAAAAUUUACUUACUCAGCUUGUACACGCAAACAAAGACGCCGUUGAAAAUAAAACCACUAAUGCUGUGAGCAAUACGGAAAAGGAUGAAGCUUGGAAUCGUAUCGCAAUUCAGUUUAACGAGAUGAAUCAUGUUCACCGAGAUGAAUCUUCCUUAAGAAAGCAGUGGUCUAAUAUUAAGCAGGACCUAAGAAAAAAGGCUGCAGAAUCACGACGGCAACUAUAUAAGACGGGCGGAGGACCUCCAGAGACAAAAUUUAAGGACGAAGCAAUGAUCUUAGAAGUGGUAAAUACCAAGACAAUAUCUGGUCUCGACAAUAUGAACGAUUGCGACGCUUUGUCCCAACCUUCUACCAACACAUAUGAAGAUGUAGCAGACAACAAUGCAGAAGACCGUAAUAUUCAAGACAGAUUGGCAAAACGGCAGUGGGCACAAAAGAGGAGGCCAGUCAAAAGGAAUUCUGCUGUAGAAGACGCUAAACUAGAAGUGUUACAAAUACAGGCUGAAAUGCUGAGCCAAGAAAUGUCAAAUAAAAAUAAACUAUUUCAACUAGAAUAUGAACAUAAAGAAAAAAUGUUCAGAUUAGAAAGACAACUCAUCAAAAAAGAAUUAGGAUUAGGAGUGUCUUAAGAUUUUUUUAUGUUCAUUUUCUAAUUUAAAUUAGUAUAUUUUUUAAAUGCCGUGUCAUAACAAAAAAAAACUGUUUCUUGUACCUUUUUCUGGAAAAGAUCACUGACUACCUUAGUCAACCAAUCUACAUUAAAUUAUGGGUUUUCUAUACUUAUUAUAAAUAUGGUGAUUAUGGUGGUUGGUAACCUUUUCUUGCAAAACAUUGCAACAAAAAUUAUUUGAUUUAUUAUUUAAAUGUAUUUAAUGAGUUUUCUUGUCAUCAAAUGAUAUCAUCGUUUUUGUUUCUGAAUUUGAAUAUUGUUGAAUUAUAUUCUUAAGUAGUAA